AUGGGUGACGAUCACACGUGCUCCCCGUCACCGCCGAUUGAAUCAGCGAAUGCACCUACUUUAUUUCAAUUGGAAGAAGAUUUUAUAAUUCUUUUAGAAACUUUACCAGAACUGUGGAAUCCCCGGCAUAAAUAUUAUACAAACAAAUACAAGCGACAAGCUAGAUACGAAAAGUUGCUCGACGUUUACAAGAAAAUCAAGCCACAAGCGACUGUUGAAGAUGUCCGUAAAAAAAUAAAUAGUCUCAGGUCCAACUUUAGACGAGAACUAAAGAAAAUAGCUUUAUCAAAAAGAUCUGGAGCCGGUGUUGACGACUUGUACACACCAAGAACAAAAACAUUCAAACAGCUAGGUUUUUUAUACACUACCGAGACACCAAAUUACAUUCAACAGGAUGAAAAUUCUGGAGAAAUUUCUGCGAGACACGAAAGCGGUCAAGAAACUAUAACAGAAAAUCCAUCACCGGGAAAAUUUUCUUCAAUCGCAGAAAUUGUUCAUCCGCCUAAACACAAGCAAAAACCAAAGACAUUGCUGACUAAGCAAAAUGAGCUGCUAGAUCGAGCAAACAUAUUUUUGUCACAAAAAACGUCUCUGGAAUCAACUACCACGACUAAUUCCCUAGCAUUGGUGUGGGCAGAAAAGAUCGAUAAAUUACAACCUCAACAACGAUUCUUUGCAGAGAAAGCAAUUCAUGAUAUUUUAUUUGAGGCGGGGUUGGGAAACCUUCACCGAUUUUCUGUGAAAAUCAACGAACCUACUCAUAGGAAUGCGAUGUCACCAUAUUCAUACAACGCCUCUCCUUUGCAUUUACAUAACUCUCCAAUACCACACUACUCUUCGCCGGAAAACCCACCUUCUCCCUCAGACUUGCACUACUCUUCAGUUACUUCUCCUACACACUCUUCAUUGCAGUCCUCGACAGUAGAUGUUCCACACACAUCCACAUUUGAACAGUCACAAGUAUUUGCUGAAGCUACUGUCUCACGCACACAUCAUUCGUCGUCGACUACUUCUACUCCAACACAUUCUUUGACCAUUGUGCCUCAACCAAUGUCCUCUCAGUUAAAACUUGGAAUAAAUUCACAUCCCGGUGCUUCUACUUACCGAAAAGGUUUUGCAUCACAAAUAAUAAUACACCAAAAUACGGAUGUCCCUACUUUACAUAUUCCAGAUACCCAAUCAGAUAUUGAAGAUUAUACAGUGGGGUCAUUGUUUGCAAGAUAUAAUCCGAAUGAUUAA